AAUCUCUCCCUCUCCGCCAUGUCGAACUCCGGCGCCGAUCCUAGCCGUCCUAUUCAACCGUCUGAGUUUCAACUCCGGCUGCUCCAUUCUCACUCCCUAACUCAGAACCACUACCCUUUUCAGAGACCUCAACGUUUUGACUCCGCUACUCCUCCCAACGGUUCCAACUACCGCUUCUCCGAUCUUCCCUGCGACUCUCACGCACACGCGCACUCCGUUGCAUUUCCUAAACUCCCGGCAUAUCUACAAUUAUGUCCAGUGGAAGCAAUAUUUCUGUUAAAAGUUGAGGCAGCAAAUAAAUCAAAUAACUGUGAGGCCCAGGCAAGUGGACAGGCAGCUAUUCAUGGACAGAGCAAAGUAGCUAAUGACCUUUCACUUAGACCGGAGUCUUGCACUGCCAUAAAGCAUCAUAUUAACUCGAAGGUUCCAAAACAUGUCAAAACUCAAAAAACUGAAACUGAGUCUUCUAAUGGUCUGAAUGCAGCUACGAGCUGUCGUUAUGACAAUUCUUUAGGAUGUGGCAACCGAGGCUAUAGUACGGUUACCAUGUUUUUUGCAGGCUUAUUGACCAAGAAAUUUGUCAAUUUGAUCCAGGAGGCAAAGGAUGGCACACUUGAUCUGAAACAUACUGCAGAAAUAUUGCAGGUUCAAAAGCGGAGGAUAUAUGACAUUACAAAUGUUCUUGAAGGAAUGGGAUUGAUAGAGAAAACCUCAAAGAACCAUAUACGUUGGAGGGGAUAUAAUGAGAUUGGCCCACGGGAGCCGGAUGAUCAAGUCGCUGCACUAAAGGCUGAAAAUAAAAGCUUACAUGUUAAAGAACGCAGUCUUGAUAAAUCUGUAAGGCAAAAGCAAGAGCAUUUGAGGGGCUUGGAGGAAGAUGAAAAUUAUCAAAAGUACCUCUUUUUGGCAGAGGAAGAUAUUGUAUCUCUUCAUUUGUUGCUAUCAUCGUCUCAGAAUCGAACACUUGUUACAAUAAAAGCUCCACAAGCUAGUUAUAUUGAAGUUCCAGAUCCCGACGAGGAUUUCGGUUUUCCCCAAAGGCAGUAUAAAAUGAUUAUUAGAAGCACCACUGGACCGAUUGAUUUGUACCUCUUGAGUAAAUACAACCGCCAAAAUGAGGAUAUGAAUGUCAGGUACGCUAAAUCAAUGGAUUUAUCAGCUAGGAAUAUUGGCCAUUGCAGAAUAGAAGAUGCAAGGCAGUCUUUCAAACACCAGGGUGAUUAUAUGAAUUCUCCUGAAACUUUCAGCUUACUGGAUUCAGAUGUGUGUGGGAUUCAGAAGAUUACUACUUCAGAGUGUGAUGCACGUAUGUUUGGAGGCAUUUGGUUUUUAUUAGCCACAUAUAAAUCUUAAAAGUGAAUGUUUACGGAUGUCUAUUCUUCCUCUCUUGGAUCGUACCGAAGGAAAACGAACCAACUCGUUUGCAGAUUGACCAUGAUUACUGGUUCCAAUCGGAUCCUGAAGUCAGCAUGACCGACUUAUGAGCAAAUGACUGGUCCCAAAUAGGCGACUUUCUUGAAGAUGGUUCUCCUAAGAGUAAUGCAGCAUUUGCUCAGCCACCAGCAUGACAUGCGGACGUUGUCAUAAUGCAUAUGGGAAGCAGAUAGUUGGACGUUGUUCCGUAUGGCAUGAAGGAUGUCAUUUAUACCUUUUCACGCAUAGAUUUUGUAGCUAGUUUUUCUUUUUUGUUCUGUUCUUUUUCCCUCCCAAAUUAAAUUGGUUAUAGCUAAUCACAAGAUUUAGAAAAUGUCUGGAAAAGAUGCCGGUUAUCUGCCAAACUACCGAUGUAUGUAGGGUCAUUAGUGUAGGUUGAUAUAGGGUCCUGAUCAAGUAGGAUGAUGGCAUGCCACUGUUUAUUUUAAUUUUUAGGGCAUGUUAUGCAGUAAAGGUGCAAAAGAGCGUGGGAUAAUAUGCAGAUACAGAUCCUGAAUUCUUCGUAAAUGUUGAAGAUGGUCCAAGUAACUUUAUACCAAGGCACCAUUUGUAAAGUUUGGGCGAGCUAUAAAGAUGUCACUCUUGAUUGAGGUUGAUAGACUUUUUUUUGUUGAUCAAUAUUAUCGACGAGUUCAUCCCCACUGUAAAAAGUUA